AUGGAAAAAGGGUGUCGGGGGGGGGCGAGGAUUUGUCGACGAGCUGGAUCGCGCCCCGUGGAAGUGCCGCCCUGCGUACCCGCCGCUUCCCAGGAGGAGCUUUCCUCCGCGCACCCCGUCGGACGGGACUGCAUGCUAACCGGAGAGAAUAUUGCUGAAGAAUCCUUUGUUAUGGUUGUCGUACCUAUGGGAGUGGUUCUAAGGAGGCGUCUCAUUUGGCUUAUCCGUGUUGCCCUAGGAACUCAGGGUGGAAAGGGUCUUCCGUGUAGAGAGUUUGAGACUGUUGUUGUAAAGUCUAAGCAUUAUGCGUAUCUAUGUAUAUGUGCACACAGGAAACCUCGACCUGUUUCUCAGCUGGUUGCACAACAGGUUCCUCAGCAAUUCGUGCCCCCUACACAAUCAAAGAAAGAGAAAAAAGACAAAGUAGAAAAGGAAAAAAGUGAAAAGGAAACAACAAGCAAAAAGAACAGUCAUAAGAAAACCAGGCCAAGAUUGAAAAAUGUGGAUCGAAGUAGUGCUCAGCAUUUGGAAGUUACCGUUGGAGAUCUGACGGUCAUAAUUACAGACUUUAAGGAGAAAACUAAGUCACCACCUGCUUCCAGUGCUGCUUCUGCAGAUCAACACAGUCAGAGUGGUUCUAGCUCUGACAACACAGAAAGGGGAAUGUCCAGGUCAUCUUCACCCAGAGGAGAAGCGUCAUCACUGAAUGGGGAAUCUCAUUAAAGUUUAUUUCCUCCAGUUUCCUUAGUCUCUUCUCUACAAAACAUGCAAAUCCAUAACUUGUCACCUGUUACCACAUUUUCAUGACUGAUUAUUCAUGCACAAUUGGUAUGUUGACUGGAACAUAUUUAUGCAGUUUUAAAAAAAGAAAAAAAGUGCAGUGGUAGAAACAAUAAUUUAAAUGCAAUCUACAAAUGCUUACAGAGCAUUUUCAGACCAACUUUUUAAUCUUUAUGUAUAAAGGUGCCAUGAAAAUGUGGUUUGAAUGUUCAUUAUGCAGUGUUAUUGGUAAGUCCAUUUUCACUUUUAGUUUAGUGAAUUCUAACACAACUCUUGGAGUCUCUACUAUUGGCAUGUACUGAAUUUAAAUUUUUAUAACAUAGUUCAAGCUGCCUAAAUACGUAUUAUUUGAGAAUUGUGAAACAUAGCUAUAUGUAUGCAAGUCAGAGAUCAACUUAAUCAACUAUUGCUGCAACAGAAUUUUCAUAAUAAUUAUCUUCUUAAAAACACCUGCUGGUACUUGGUGUGGUUAAAUAGGAAAAAUGUUAUUAAAUAAAACAUUUGUAUGAAUUUUUGCCAAUGUUUGACACAUUUUACUAGAUUACUGUUUCUGAAUUAUGUUGAUGGCGUUACCAAUAUUUUUUCACACUUAAAAAACACUUAUUGUAAUGUUUACAAGCAAAAUAGAAAAUGUUCUAAGCAUUGAUUGGUUAACCUUACAAUUCAGGUAAAGUACGACAUUGUCACUGUACACUGGUAUUCUAUGUUGUGUAACAAAUACGGAACCUCAGAUGACUAUGCAUUUGGCAAAAACUAACAUUUGGACAUAGGAAAAUUUGGAAAAGGUUUAAAAAUAACAGAAGUGCAGUUCUCGUUUCUGCUUAGUGCUGUUUCCUUGCCCGAAAUUUAUCUAGUGUCCUAUAGCGACUUAUCAUUUCAUUGCAGGAAUAUCAGAUGUUGCACAAGAAUAGGGAAAUAACGAUACUAUUAAUUUUUUGUUCCUGAAUCAAUUUAUUUAAUUUUUAUUUGGCCUAUUAAAAUAUAGUAUGUCAUAAAUCACAUGAAAAAAUUCAGUACCCUACUUUAUGGCAUAAAUUGUCAACAUUUAUGCACUUAGCAAUACACUGACACAGAGCAGAACUAUUUACAGUCCCAUCUGGUAUUAUGUAAAAUCACCAAUAAAAUAUUUUUGUCAAUACAGAUUUUGCAUUUUUGUUUACAACCAAUAAGUGUUUUGAUACACACAUGCAAUCCAUGUAUAGAUUUUAAAUUAUAGAUUCAGGUUCAGUACAAAAGUCCAUUUAGCUCCUUUUAGUGAGGUAGUCCACUUAAGGUCCUGUGAUUCUUUUCUUUUUUCAUUCAAAAUAAAUAUAUUUUUAAGCCCAUGUAAAAGUUGGAUGGACCUUCCUGGUAGUGAAUCCAGCCCCAGAUUAUUACCAAUGAUAACGUAUGAUACGUUGUCUUAACAGCUAAAACAAUGGAUUUUUGUAGCCCCUGACAAUUGUGAUGUUUGGUGGUUUCUUGUAGUAAUGUAUUUUUCUGUUUUUAAUACAGUACUUCUACAGGCACAAUGGUACUGUUCUAUUUUGUAAGAUGCUAGUUGUAAAAUACAGUUAGUUGCAUAAAAUGAAAGUCUGAUGUGAUAUCUGAGAACAUACAUACCUCAUUCCUUGGUGUUGCUGUUUAAACUUUUUAGACAUCAAAUGUUAAUUAUAGGCUAUUUCAGAUGGAUAACUACUGACCUGUUUUAUUAUGUAUUCUGCUUUAUCUUACUAAAUAGUAUGUAUGUUUAUUGCUGUGACCUGGCCAAAUCUUAGUAUCUAUAAAACAA